AGGCAUUCGACCUCGAACAAGCAGUCGUAGCGAUUUCAAGUCAAGGACUAUUGUAAUUGCAACCAGAAGGGGGGUAAUUAGGCGGAGGGGAAGCUGGGCCGGGGGACGGAUUGAAGCGCGGGCACGGAGACUUGAUGGCGGAGGAUCGAGUCUUGUUUACGGAAGGGAGCCUAGCGGAAGAGGGUUAAUUUCAGGAUGGACAAGCGAUCGACCAUAGCCAUAAGUGGAGCGAAUGGAGUAAAGCGGUGGAAGUAUAAAAGAGCGGAAAUGGGGAGGGGAAUGGGAGGGGGAGGAAAGAUUAACAAGAAAUGUAGAAAGUUGCGCGCGCUGAGACGGCCCAGGGGUGUGGGAGAGGGGGAGGGGACUGGACCGGACAGGACAGGAGAAGUACCAUGCAGCAGGGGGGAAAUGCCCAGAGAAAUAAAGCCAAAGCUGAAUCCGGGGGCAGACAAGCUGAUGCGUAACAACCACCGGGAGUUUCAAUGUGUCAAGACGAAACAGAAGAGAACGAGUCAGACGAAGAUGAGAAUCAAGUGUGAUGAUAGUAGUCUAAGAAAGAGGUGGAAGGAGGAGGAGGUUGAGGAAGAGGGAGAGAGUGGAAGUGAGAAGGAGGAAACAGAGAGAGAGAGAAGGAGGCCGCGAUUAUUGAGGAAGACAAGAGAGAAAGAGAGUUUGAGGCCGCGGUUGAAACACACCACCCGUUUCAGAUAGACCACUCACGUCCAGGUCCCCAGAUUCAUCCCAAUUCACUCAGAUCGAUUGUCAAACAGUAGACCUGGUUAUUGAUUCAGCUGAAUGUUCAUCUAUAGACAAAGUCAUACUUCUAUGUAUGUAGGUAUACAUUGUGGUGAGUGAAUGCCAGCUCCUGCAGACCUCCCGUUUCAGGAUACGAGAUGAAUCCUCAGGCACCAAUACAGUACUGACACCUCAGGCAGCCCGCAGGCCACCCAAUAC